AAGGCCAAUAUCGCAUGCGACCUGAGGAUCCAUGGAGUUCCGUACGUCGAAGGUGAAAAGCUGAAACAUAUCUUCAACAACUUGUGCCUCAGCCUAAAUCACACGCCUGCGCCUGCUAUUAGGGAUAUCUAUCGUAUGAGGCCGAACAAAAAUCUUCCCCACUCCAUCGUUCACCCCAUCAUCAUUGUCAAGCUGGAACGGGUGCGCGACAAAGCGGCAUUACUGCGCAACAUCGCCCCAGUAUAUGUCAACGAGCAGCUUACCAGGGAAAACUACCAGAUUUUUAGAGAAGCUCUGAAAAUGAAGAAGCAUCGGAAGCUGCAAUCCGUGUUUACGCGCAGGGGUAUGGUUCACGUCAAAGUGACCCAAGAAAGUGAGAUCUGGGAAGUUCUCAAAAUUGAGGAUCUGAGGGAGAUGCAAGCUGCUACUGAGAGCCCUGCAGCUGGAGACGAGAAUAGCUCGUUUCGUCAAUAAUAUAACCAUAGGCAAAUUUUUCAUGUUAGCUAUAAGUAUUACCCAUCUAACCACUUUCCUGUAUUUUAUUUUUAAGUGGGCCCUUAACUGUACUUACUGUAAUGAAAUUUUUCGUUGUGUUAAAACACACUUGAUAUGGACGGUUCAUUAGAACUAACAAAUGUGAAUACA